AUGGAUACUAUUGAGCCAUUCAAUAAUAUUGAAUUUACAUAUUUUAGCGGUACAAUCCCCCCAGGAAAACACGUCAUGUUAUCUUAUGAUUCGAACAGUCAAGAAACUGUAUCCAACAUUUAUCAUCAUCUACAACUCAAACAUAUACCACUUUGGUUCAAUGAACAAAAAGAAACGAUGAAUAAUCUAAAGACAAGCUUGGCUGAAGGAGUAGAAAGUGCUGCUGUCGUCUGUUGUUUCAUGACCCCGAAUUAUCAAAAAUCAGACUUUUGUCAACUUGAAUUACAGUAUGCACAGAAACGGCAAAUACGAAUCAUCCCAUGUAUGCACACUGAUACAAAAAUAUGGAAGCCUUCUGAUUGGUUGGAGUCGAUAAUCAGAGACAUCGUGCCCAUCGACUUUCACAACGUCUCUGAAUCAUCAACCAUGCAAAGCACGGUGGGAGAACUGAUCGAUCGAAUAGAAGAACAACCUCCAGCGUCACAAUAUCUACUGUCACAACGAGCUCACCAACCAAGUUAUCUAUGUGAACUGGUUAAGUAUGAAUAUAAGCGAAAUAGUCGUAUUGAACGUUUCAUCAAUCCAGCCGCAUCUUUUCCGAUCGAACAAAGUUACAUCAAUUUGGCAUUAAUGGAAACCAAAGAGCAUCAAGAAAAAGAAAAGAAACUUGGUGAUUCUCAGCACAGUGGUGCGAUUAUGGAUGUGUUCGAAGAGAUCCAUGGCAUUAAGACUCCAAUAGAUAUCAAGGACAUUUUUAAAACAUGCAAGAAUCAGACAAGGAAUGUGCUCGUGUUCGGCCGAGCUGGCAUUGGAAAAUCAACAUUUUGUCAAUACAUCGCCUACCAAUGGGCAACUGGUAUGAUUUGGCCGGAAUACGAACUGGUUGCUUUGAUUCCGUUGCGUUCUCUGACAGGGCAAAACUAUCCAGCUGGUAGAAACUAUUCUGCAGUCGACGUUCUGAGAAAAGAGUAUUUUUCUUCUGACCAGCUCCGAUCAGAAAAAGAUGAAAUACUUUUGCAAGAACAGUUUGAUAACAGUCGCAUUCUUUGGCUAUUGGAUGGAUACGAUGAGAUCGUACAAAAUGCGCACCUCAAAAGUUUAUUGGAUCAGUUACUGAAGACUCCACAUCAUAUUGUAACAUCUCGUCCAUACAUGAACACUUUAUCCUACACUGUGCGCAUGGAAAUUACAGGUUUUACGAAUGAGAAUAUACCCAAGUACGUCAAGCAGUUCUUCGAUUCAAUAGAAAAUGAAGCACAGAAUUCAUCUGCUGAAGAUGAAAGAAUAUUAAGCUUUCUCAAACGGAACCCUAGGAUUUGGGGUAUUGCCCACAUUCCGAUAAAUCUAGAACUCAUUUGUAGUGUUUGGAGUAAUACGAAUUGGUCAGAAACAAAAACAAUGACGAUGACGAUGCUGUACGAAACAUUGACCGAAUGGAUAUGUCGCCGAUAUUUAGAAAGGCAACAAGGAAUUCCAGUCAACGAGAUCAAUAUAAUGGACCGAACCGAAGUUUAUGAAAAAUGCAAGGAUGAAUUAGCAUUCAUGGAAAGUUUGGCUUUUCUUGGGAUGGAAAAACUGGGGGAUGAGAAUCAUUGGGUCAAAGGACAGGCAGCUGAAGCUCUCGGCCAGCUAGGGGCAACAGUCGCAACCGAGCACGUGAUCACAGCCCUGGAGACAGCACUGGAGGAUCCGAAUGAUUCUGUCAGAUGGAAGGCAUGUCAAGCUCUCUGUCGUAUCGCUGAAAAUGCAGCAAUGGCGCAUGUAAUCGGGUCGCUGGUGACCGCACUAGGGAAUACCAAUCAUUCUGUCACAUGGAAGGCAUCUGCAGCUCUCUGUAAGAUCACUGAAAAAGCAACAACGAAGGAAGUGAUCGGACCGCUGGUGAUCGCACUGCGGGAUGCGAAGGAUUCUGUCAGAUUACGAGCAUGUGAAGCACUCGGUAAUAUGGGUGAAAAAGCAGCAACAAAGGAAGUGAUCGGAGCACUGGUGACCGCACUGGAGGAUGCGAAGGAUUCUGUCAGAGAGACUGCACGUAAAGCACUCCGUAACAUGGGUGAACAAGUAACAACGCAAGCGAUCCGAGGGCUGAUGACCGCACUAGAGCGCGGCAGCGAUUCUGUCAGACGGGAAGCAUGUGAAGCGUUGGGUAAUAUGGGUGAAAAAGCAGCAACGAAGGAAGUGAUCGGAGCGCUGGUGACCGCACUGCGGGAUGCGAAGGAUUCUGUCAGAUACACGGCAUGUAAAGCAUUGGGUCGGAUGGGAGAAAAAGCAGCAACGAAGGAAGUGAUCGGAGCGCUGAUGAUCGCACUGGGGGACGCGAAGGAUUCUGUCAGCGAGAGUGCACAUGAAGCACUCGUUAAUAUGGGAGAAAACGCAGCGACGAAAGUGAUCGGAGGGCUGAUGACCGCACUAGAGAGUGGCAACGAUUCUGUCAGACGGAAAGCAUGUGCAGCAUUGGGUAACAUGGGUGAAAAGGCAGCAACGAAGGAAGUGAUCGGAGCGCUGAUGACCGCACUGCGGGAUACGAAGGACUCUGUCAGAUACACAGCAUGCGAAGCAUUGGGUAAUAUGGGCGAAAAAGCAGCAACGACCGAAGUGAUCGGAGCGCUGUUGAUCGCACUGCGGGAUGGGGAAGAUUCUGUCAGAUACACGGCAUGUGAAACAUUGGGUAAUAUGGGUGAAAAAGCAGCAACGAAGGAAAUAUUGGGAGAGCUGGUGAUCGCACUUGAUGCUGCGAACGUUUUUGUCGGUUUGAAGGCAGGUGAAGCUCUCUGUCGGAUCGGCAAAAGAGCACCAACAAAGAAAGUGAUAGGAGCGCUGGUGACCGCACUUGGGAAUGCGAAUGUUUCUGUCAGAAAAGAAGCAUGUGAGGCUCUCGGUAAUAUGGGUAAAGACGCAGCAACAAGCAGCGUUGUUUGCGCUUUAUUAGCUGUUGCUGAUCGGGAUGGUUACGAAUCGCUUCGAAAAAUUUUGAAUUCGUCGUCCGCGUUGUCUGAGAUAGAUUCAGUUACAAUUUCAAAGUUAUUGGAAUUGUGGAAUCGUGGGGCUUGGUUUACACGGGAUAUACCUUUGGAAAAAAUUAUGAGGGCGUACGUGAAUACUGGUAUUCCUCAAUGGUGUCCUGUUAUUAGCUUGCAUUCACUUCAGACGGAUUGUGCUAUUACCAUUGUGGAGAACACGGUUAUUGUGUAUGGUAACUCUGAACCAGUGAAAUUUGUCAUCCCGAGUAGCACACUUCGUGAUGAAUUGGUUCGUGCGUUGUCUUUUGCUAAUCAGACAGAUCUGGUUUGA